GCCACCAUAAAAGCCGACGCGUCCGCGGGCUCCUGACUUAGUACGCCGCCUCGCUCACAGGCUCCCAGUGUGUCGCUCGCCCCUCGUCGCUCGCUCAGCUCGGCUGUGACACGCGGACCAACCGACAGUCAUCAUGAAGGCUUUCGUCGCCGUGAUGGUCGCCGUGGCGCUGGUGGCGGUGCACGCCGCCGACGAGAAGAAGCCCGCCGACGGCGAGCGACCCAAGACCUUCCGCCGACUCAUCCCCGCCGACGUCCUCCGAGACUUCCCCGGCAUGUGCUUCGCGUCCACGCGCUGCGCCACCAUCGAGCCGGGCAACACCUGGGAGCUGUCCCCCUUCUGCGGCCGCUCCACCUGCGUGACCGCCGACGGUGACCAGGCCGGCCGCCUGCUCGAGCUGGUGGAGGACUGCGGCCCCCUGCCCGUGCCCAACCCCAAGUGCAAGCUCUCCGAGAAGACCAACAAGACCGCCCCCUUCCCCGACUGCUGCCCCACGUUCGAGUGCGAGGAGGGCGCCAAGCUCGAGUACCCCGAGGUCGCCACCGCGCCCCCGCCCAAGGAGGCUGCCAAGGAGACCCCCAAGGCCUAAGCACCCCCAGGGCGCGACGGUCCUCCCCCAUCUCACUGUGAUGUCACCGCCGUGGAGUCCCCCGCCCCUCGGCCCCCGGGCCCAGAACACCAACAAGCGCACCUCGCUGACCUCCGCCACAAGUCUUCCACGACGCGGUGCCCGGGCGCCUCCCUGCACCCCCUCCCCCUCCCCAGCUGCGCGCCCCCUGCCCUGUGCAUCCUCGUGGCCCCUCUGGGCCCCAUGGAGAAGUGCAGGGCGAGGGGCAGGUGCAGUGCAAAGACUGAAUUCCGAUGCAACGCCGGCACUGACAAGCUCGCCGAGCGAAUUUCUAUUGCCCGCAACGUUUUUAAGUCAAACUGUCAAAAAUUGUGAAAAAAUGCCAAAAAAUAAAGUUAAAAAAAGUUAACAUAA